UUCUUUUCCUUUGGAACUGUUUGGCUGUCUGAACAUCCUCUUCAGAGAUUUCAUUGCAUCUAAAGAUGCAAGUCUUUAUGAUAUAAUUCGAAUCUAGUGCUUUAAAAACUUGUGAAAUCUUCUUUUGUUCUCCAAACUUCAAUUCAAGAUAUCUUAAAUACUUAUUGUUCUGUAAGAAGCUUAUGAACAGUUCAAAACAAUUAUCACUAGUAAUGAAUUCUCUGUGUUACCUAAACUCAAAGAUUUUACACUUGUUGAUUAUCUUUACAAGCUCCUGAUACACUUCAUUGUGAGCAUUCUGGUUUCCACAUUGUCAUUUUAAAGGAAUAUAAGGCAGCCAGAAGUAUUCCUCAAAAACUCUGGGAAACUUGAAGUUUAUAAAAUGUACUGAAGUCAGCUCUCCUUGCACUUCUUUCAGAAUGGUUAUUAUUCUUUCUAAAUCUCCUCAGAAAAGUUUCUGCAUAUUCGACGGACAUAAAAUUUAAUUUUGCUGUUUUGAGUUGCCAAAACGACAAGCAGCUGUCACAGAGUAAGAAGGACUUGUAUCGCUUAUAGUACUUUUGAUUCUGACAUAUCUUGGAUUUUCAGAAUUAAUAAUUUUCUCUUUCACAUUAAAGACAAAGAUUUCUCCAAUAUGAGUUGGUUCUAUUCCAAGAAUCUUGUUAAUUGCACUGGAAUGUUCUGAACUUCAAGAAUCCUCUUGUGUAACUUAUUUUAAUUCCAAGUUGUUUGUGUGGUACCAUUCCUUAUUUUGUCAUUUCUCCGAUAAGAAGGAUAGUGCCUACCUUACGAAAAGAGCAGCUAAGACCUCCUGUAUACCAUAACUGCUUUGCUUUAAAUACUCUGAAAUUCUCAGCUCCUUUGUGGUUGUCUGAGAUUUUUAUAGCAAAUGUAACAUUUGUCUUCUUGAAUUCCAGGAGUCUUUCUUCUCCGUCAACGUUUCAACCAAAUUUGAGGGAAGUUAUUCGACGAAGAUUAAAGUACUUUCUACUUCUUCAUUUGUUAGUAAUUGAUUCCAAUACAUCUACUAUUUUCAGAGUCCUAGUGAAUCCAAAUUCUAUUCUAGAAAUAUUCGGGUAGUAAUGCAGCACUUUAUUGAGAAUCUCGAAGCAGAUAUCUUGCUGCCCAAAUCGAUAUAGUGCUGUGUCUCCUAAGAACUCUAGGGCUUCACAUUUGGUGCUUUGAGAAGCAUCUCCCAGAAGUACCUCCAAUAAGUCAUCUAUUAUUAGUACAAAAUGUAUAUAAAUUAUUUAAAAUAAGAGGUUCGGUAUGAAUAUUUUGUUUAUGUUGAUGAAAGCAUUUUCUAACUUUUUGAUGAACUCUAUUCCUCCUUGCAAUCUAAUUUCAUGUAAACUAUUCGUUUGGCUUUACUUAGUCUGUCCAUGAUGAAAUCUGAGCCUCAGCUUUGUUAGUUGGAUAAUGGAUUUAUAUUUUAUAAUAGCAAAAAAUAACGGCAUUGUAGUUUUAGGAAAUUGUUAGGAAAUUUGUCCUUGCUCAACUUAAUGAACCCUUGGAAAUGAAAUCAAUGUGCUCUUUGGAAGAUGUUUAUUAGACUUGGAUUCUCAAAGUUAAAUUUAUUAAUAUAUGGAGUGGGCAGAUCCGUUGGUUUAUUUCGCCAUUAAAAUUUUUUCCAUUCUGCUAGUAUUUUCAAAAAUUAGUUUAUACACUUUAAAGCCAGCUUCUUCGUAGCUUUUGAUAAAGCUGAGUGUUCCGAUAAUAUCACGGUGUCAAUUUAGAUAUAAGAGUCUGAAUAUUUUUAAGUUUUUGAUGCCAAGUUCAUGGUUCCUUUGUCUGACUUGCUCAACAAAUUUCUUGGCGAUUUGAUAAUGAGUCUUAGUAUUAAAUCUGCACCUGAGUGAAUAAUAGUUGAAUUUAUCUCCAAGUGUCAAAUAGGUAAAAACUUCUUUGAGCUUUGUAUUAUCUUUAAUAUAACUCAGAUCCAAAAUAGUUUUGUAUUUUUCACCCUGCAUAAAUAUAUUAAUGAUUAUUUUCUGGUUGUUGUUCCACUGCUCUCUUGAUGCUCUACACAAGAUUCUAAGGAGUUGAGCUCACUCGUCUAAGUAGCCGUAAUACUUCAUGAGUUUACCCAUAUAUCUAAUUUGGGUAACUAAUGCUGAUAAGUCAUGAGGAGUUUGUUCCAUUUAAAAUGUGAAAGU